UUUUUCUGAAUAUUAUUUUCUUUUAUUUCUUUUUUUUUUCUGGUUUUUCCUUAUUUUCCCCAUUAAAAAAUACAAAUUUUUUUAUUUUAAAAAAAAUUAUAAAAAUAAGAAUUUAAUGGAAAUUAAUAAUAUAAUAUUAAUAUAUAAGUAAAGAGAUCACGGAAUUUAUUAAUUUUAUUAUAAUAUUAUUCUUAGAUUAAAAAAUUUUUUGAUCCUUUAGAUGAAGAUGAAUUCAGAAUCUAAAAGAUUUCGUAUCAAAAGAGGAAUUCAUGGAAUAACAAAAAAAAAAUCCUUUUCUCAUUUGUAGAUGUAAAAAGAAUGAUCACCAACAUUACCAGCUUGCCGUCUAAUUCCUUCUUGGAUGUGAACCAUAUCCAAAACUAUUCCAAUUUUAAGGAUCAUACGUCGCACGAUAUUUCCCAAUCUCGUUUCGAUGGCAACUCGAAAUAUGACGGACACGUGUAUAUUUUAAACGCUUUUGACCAUUUGAGUUUUCGGUCCUUCGAGUCCGUUCACUACAACAGAUCGUUCCACAAGAGGAAUUCGGAGAGGAACGGCGUUGAGAUCGAGGAACAAAACACGAACCUGAUGUUAAACGUGCAGACCCUGGUUUCGGGCAUUGUUCCCUUUAUUUUCAGUCUAAUCGUGUUAAUCGGGGUCGUAGGCAACUGUCUCGUCAUCUUCGUCGUCCUGUCCAAUAGAAGGAUGCAAUCAGUUACCAACAUCCUGAUCUUAAACCUGGCAGUUGCGGAUCUGUCUUUUAUAGUCGUUUGCGUGCCGUUCACGGCUAUGAUAUACGCACUGUUUAGCUGGCCAUUUGGAACGUUAGCGUGCAAGAUGUAUCAAUAUAUGAUCCACGUGUGUGCCUACGCUAGCGUUUAUAUACUGGUCCUUAUGUCGUUGGAUCGCUUUCUUGCUGUCGUGUAUCCGAUCAAAUCCAUGUCGAUCCGCAACCCUAGCAACGCCUGGAAGUGCGCACUAAUCACGUGGGCCUGCGUUCUCGUAAUAAAUAGCCCUAUUCUGCAUCUGUAUCAGUCUAUCUCCUAUGUGGACGCCGAAAGCCCAGACCCCUCUAAGUACCUUGCUAACGCCACAGAAGCCGGAAUCAAGCAAAAGUACAAGUAUGUAUGCGCGAUCGCUAUCAAUGGGCAGGAGUUCGUAAAAGGGGCGCGAAUCCUUUACGGACUCUUUUUUGCGUUGGCCUAUGUGGCGCCUCUUGCGGUUGUCAUUCUGCUCUACUUUUACUUGCUCAGACGCUUGUGGACCAAAAAUGAAGUAAACACGCCUCGCUAUUCUGCCGUCCCCGCUACAAGAGCUUCUCAGCUUCUUCACACCUUAGACACGCGGGAAGAAUCCGAUGAUGACGCUUUCGACAAUGACAAUAAUAUUAUUACUAAUCGAUGUGGUGAUGGUGGCGUUAACAAGCAGAACUCUGCAGCCACCAAAAAAACUUACAUACUUUGCAAGAACGGGAAACUCAAAGAACGCCGUUAUGAAUUCAGUAGGAAUACUCUUUCGAAACAGCGACUCUAUGAAUACUUUAACCGUUCUAAUAAGCCUAAACGCAGCCAAACAAUUAAGGAUAAAGUUAAACACGACUCUCUCUAUCGAAUUCGUAGAGAUAAGAAUGUGAGACUGAGUUGCACCGGUAGCCCAACUCACGAUGCCAUCUCUCACAAAUUGAAGGACAAAAAGAUAAGCCAGACCCUCAAGUCUAAACGGAAGGUGACCAGAAUGGUGACCAUAGUGGUUUUCAUUUUCGCGCUCUCUUGGCUCCCGAAUAACAUCAUCUUCUUGAUCAUACAUUUCGGCUCCUACCCAGAGACCAUCGUCUUUGUGGCUUUGCAGAUAUCUGCUCAAUGCUUAGCUUACAUGAAUUCCUGCAUGAACCCCAUCCUCUACGCCUUUUUAUCGGAUAAUUUUCGCAAAGGUUUCUGCCGUAUCUUGAAUAAAAUGAAAUUCUGGAACCGGUUCGCCAAAAAAUUUACCAGUACCUGCGACAAAAGUUUUCUCUUGAGGAGUCUCUCUGGCCGAUCCAAAGUUCCCGAUAAGAAUGGUUCCGAUGACCAAAAAGCGAUUAAAAAAAUUUAUCGUCGCAAAGUAGAUUUAGUAGAUCCAAGUUGCCUGGAAACCAAUUGCAUCGAUUACGGCAACCUCGUCAAAAUGAAUGACCACCAACUGAUCGGAAAUACCGCCACCCAAAUUUUUGAUCGAAAUAAUUUUAAUAGUAGUCACGCAACCGAGAAGAUGCCCUCAUCCGGAAAUGAUGAACAGGAUAUGAUAGAAGAGGAGGAAUACCUGACGAUUGCUAAUGACAAAAGAGACAACGGCAACAAAAUAGUCGUGGAUAUAGAGGAAGCCUCUCUGCCCAUGACCAAUGACAACAACGAGAUUGGUCACGAAAUCAUUGUCGAUAUCAUGAACCAUUACAAAAACAUAAAUGUCAUUCACGUAUGAUCAAAAAACAACCUCCCCAUCCAAUGCUUCAAGAUAAUUAUUACUUGGAAGAUGAGACGGAAGAGUGACGCGUGCCCUUCAAAUAUCCCUAUUAUGAUUUGACGUUUAAAUAGUUACAUUAACCAAAGAAAAAAUACGCGCCAAAAUAUCAAAAAAAAUUCAUUUUUCUAAAUCAUUUUAUUUUGUAUACGAUAUCUUUUUUUUUAAAAAAAAUAUAAUCAUAAUAAAAAUAUUAGGCA